AUGGCGGAAAUUGAUUCAACCGUCCCCCAGACAUCGAUGGACCCUACUCAGAAUUUCGGACACUACAUGAACGGAGCAGAUCAGAGCAGCAUGGAGAAUGGCCCGGGUCAGAAAAAACAUAAGAAUGUUAGAUAUCGCUUCCUAUCGCCUACAGAAUGGGCCAUCCUAGCUCGGGGAGUUGGCGGGAUUAUAGAUAUAGAGCACAACAAGCCUGUUCAUCCGACUAGUAGCUUCUGGCCCCCGAACGGCCUUCCCCAGGGUCUCUAUCGCGACUGCGUCUACCGUCGUACCAUUUCAUCGUACUCAUUUCACUUCAUCGGCUUCGUUCGCGCAAUUCUUUUUGUCUUGCAAUUGAUGAUUGGUGCUAGUAUCACAGCUCUCAGCUCUGGAGGGUUCGACGACACAGCUAUCACUAUUCUCGCUGCGUCCAACACAGUUAUCGCGGGGCUGUUGGCUCUGUUGCACAACAGCGGUAUUCCUGAUCGAUACAGAUACGACAAGUCCGAGUUUCAAAAGGUCGAAGAUCACAUUAGAGAAGUUCUCGCCACGGGUAUCGUACGUGCAGACCAGUCGGUCCAAGAGGCUCUCGCUAAGUGCUACGAUCGUUUCGACCACGCCAGACGAACGGUUGAAGCCAAUAUGCCAUCGGCUUAUGCCCCAAGUCAAUCAACGCCAUCUUCACGGCGAGGAUCCCAACCUCAACAUCAGCCUCUACCACCGAUGCCAAUGCCUAUACCGAUACCAGCACGGGCACCGACGACAGUGGCAUCAACACCAACACACACGAGGGCAGCAACAGAACCUAUCACACCACCUAGAAAGAAGUCACUAAAUACUGAAGCCGCCCAAGAAGAAAAGGGUCCAACCACCAAGCCUAGCGAAUGAUGCAAGACUAGAGCUCGGCAAAGAAUCUCCAACGGGAUGCGGUCAUUUCCUAGCUUGCCGCUUAUCAGAUAAAUUACCUACCGAAAUC